CUGGAAUAUCGCUAUCGCCUUCUCUAACCUGGCAUAUCUCAAGACUCGUCGAGGGUCACUGCGCUACGCCUAAGCAGAAUUUUUGGAUAUCUCAUUCACGGAGUUUCACAAACGAAUUUUUGUUAUUGUCAUUUGCACCUUAAACUCAAUAUCAUACCUCAUGGAGAAACACCAAGAUGUCGCUGAAGCGACAUUCAGUCGCAGCCAUCUAUGGAAGCCCAUCGUUGGGGACAUAGCAGCAGCAGCUAUCUCUGCAACUUUAAUAACACCAAUAAUCACAGUGAUUGACCAAUCUAUGGUAGAGAAAGUCUCUUUCAACAGACCCCUCGCGCAGGGCAUGAAAGUUCACAGCUUGAAUGCUAUCAAACAUCCAGGCCGCUUCAUCUUCAGCCGUGCAUUCGGCUACGUCUGGACUCUUUACGGAGCAACAUAUGCUGUAUCCAAUGCGUCAGACACCUUGGCUCAUGAGUUUCAUAAAGCUGCUGUUGGAACAAUUACUUUUGUCAACACGAUGAUAGUUAAUGUUCCUCUUGGCGUGCUGAAGGAUGUGCGCUUUGCUCAAAUGUUCAGUGCUUCAACAACGCCGACUGAUAAGAUCGCUCCUGUUGUCAAGCCUGGUGUUCCCAGAGCUGCUACAGCUACGUUUCUCAUGAGAGACGCCAUCACGAUCUUUGGGUCUUUCACGAUGGCGCCUUGGCUGUCAGCUCUCAUUCCUGAUAGCCUGUCUUCGAGUCCACAUUCCAAGGCUAUUAUUUCACAGUUGACAGUGCCGAUUUUCUCACAAUUCUUUGCUACGCCAGUACACCUGCUUGGGUUGGACUUGUAUGCCCGACCGCGGGGGAUACCAUGGGUUGAGCGUUCGGCACAGAUCCGAAGGGACCUCUUCUCAGCCACAAUAUUACGGUCUCUAAGAAUCAUUCCGGCUUUUGGAGUAGGGUGUGUGGCAAACAUGGAGGCAAGGUCUAGGUUCCAUAAGCUGUUAUAGGGAAAGCUUCUAGAAGGAACAAUGGUACAGCAUGUAGAAGUAAAAGCAAGGUUCAUACAUACAGGAGGACUAGUGCAGUAGAUUGGGGAUAAUUUGCACGUUGGAGACAGUCUAGUAGGGUAAAGGGGAGGUGGCGUCUGGUUCUUUGGCACAAAAUA